CCCCUUAGUGGAAGGUUGACGUCACAGACAAAAGCAAAUCCAUCAUCAAGUAGUUGAAAUUAAGCGUCACUUAUUUUACUUGGCACGUAACUCUUUUGACGAAGACAACUCAUCUUGUUUGUUUUCCUCUCCAAAAGAUGAAGGUUUCCCUGUACUUGGCUUCACUUUUAUGCAUUUACUGUGGCCUUUGGACACAGGUGUAUGGUAAGUAAAUCACUGUGAGAUUUUACUUUGGAUGGAAGCAGUAUGUUUUUUUAGUUUGGACUGCAAGAAAGAGGGGCGACUGCGUUAAAUAUUCCGCACCCUAAUUUUAGAGACUGAUUGCAUAUAACCGAGGUUCGAAAUAAAUCUACGAGAGUGGUGAAGGUUUUCUUUGAGACACUGUACUGCUGAGCAAUUUCCAGCCGAGAAAAGAGUUUAAGCGACAGCAAAAUGCUGCAGAGUUUCUGAGAGUUAUAUAGCAGCUGAACACGGUCGAACUUGUUGAGAUCGCGACUCAGGAAUUUCCCUCCGCUUGUUAUGUUUUCCUUUUUUUCUUUAUUUGAUCGAUAUGCUGCUACUGAAGCAAGCGAUUACUUGGAGUGGACUUACUUUGGAAUCGGCUUCCCUCUGGUUCUAAAAACAUGUUUCUCACGAUCGCAUUCGCGCUCCGGCCGCAUGACGCUUUCUUCUAGUUGUUACGAAACACCGGAACCGGAAGCUCUAAAAGGAGAGUCUACCCUUGCUUCUGGCGGAGAGGCGGGAGAGCAGAAGUUUGUACUGAAAUAAGUCGAACUUGGACGAUAUUUACAGUAGAUUUCCAGCCUUUAACAAGGGAUACGAGCUGACCAAAGUGUCCCCUCUGGUGGGUUCUGUAAUAGAGCCACCUUCGGCUUUUCUCGCAGACAUCGGGUUUUAAAUUCCAGUAAGGGUUAGGGUCAGGGUUUGCUAAUCGAUUUUCUGUGUUUUUCUUUCUGCUCUGUACAGAUGAAAUUUCCCAGUUAAAUCAAAUUUUAUUAGAAAGGGGUCAAAUAGUAAUUAGCCGAGUUCCUCGCUCAUACGCCGUUCGAAACCUAAGCCCUGAGCCUAUUUGAGAUAUUUCGAGCGUUCCAGUGUGCCUUGAUUAUCGAUGGAAAUUACAACAGCCUUCAGUUCAAAGUUCUCUACUGAAUAGAGCAUUUUUUGUUCAAAUUAUUGUAGCGUAACGCUUAUGCAUACGGUACUGUUUUUUAAGGUCUAAAUGCAGGCAAAAACUUCAACGAAAACAACCCUAGGUAAUUAUUCAAUUUUUUUCCGUCUUCAAUAUUCGUGUCUUUUGAUAAACAGAAACUUCAAACAGUGCAUAGUUGUUGACAUACCUAUUGUUUAAUCCCGCUGAGAACAAACAAUCUGUACACCUAAUUGAUAUUCAUUAACUUUCAAAAUUGUAAAUUUUUAACGGUUUUUGAGACGAACGCGGGGUCUCAAACAUUCCCAUCCACAUCUCUACCGAUCAUUUGAAGUCUUUCUCUGGAAAUGGUCGCCAUUACUGCAUAUCUGAUCACGCUAUCAAUACUUGUGAUUUGUACUGCACAAAGUUUAGCUGCUGUCUUACAGACAAGAGGUUUGUAAAUACUGAAAAAUUUUGAAAAAUUACACGGGGGUUAUGAAUCUAUUCAAACGCAAACAACUUUAUGAUCCCAUUCUAGGCAAUGUUUGGAAUUUAAUGAAUCACUUCGCUCUGAUGGUUUAAAUUACAAAAAAGGCGAGAGAGUGGUACAUCAAAAGCGAAUUUUUUAAAAGUUAUUUCAAAAUAGCCAGAGAUUAUUGUGUGAAUAAUUUUCUCCGGGGUUGUGAGCAUUGAGGUCGACUUUUUUCGGCAGGGAAGGGAGGGUGGGGGUGAAUUUUAUAAGUAGGUUACCUGUGGGACAACACAAUUUCUUACCCAGCUCAAGACUCGUAUUCACUCACAGACCGACAAGACAGGUUUCCAUCUUCUCCGCCAUCAACUUACUAAAUCAUUGUUGACCUUAAAUCAGGUUGCAGAGACAACAAUCGACUCUGUUCUACUUGGGCAAGAAAUGGAGAAUGCGGGAAAAAUCCACGGUACAUGAAGGUCAACUGCAAAUUGAGUUGCAGAAUAUGUACCCCUGUAGCCGUAGCCGGUGAGUCACAUUUAUCAGAGAAAAUUAUUCCGUUAGUAUCGGAGGAGUGAAAAAAAAAAAAAAAACCAGCGAGGCUUGGGUCGGAUCGCAUGAUAAACGACCCGACCCAAACUUUCCGCGUUUUCGCUCUGCCGCUAAUAUCACGCUGUUUGCUAUUUCGCUCCGUUUUACUAAGUUAGUGCCUGGAGUAGGCUAUUCAUGUGUUCAUGUGAAAUUUAAUCGAAACUAAUAGUAAAAUGCACACCGGUAUAUCACUCAUAUCAAUAUCACUUUAUUACAGCAUGCUAUGACAGAAGUGUCUACUGUGCUAGUUGGAGGCGGAAUGGUGAAUGCCGCCGGAAUUAUGCUUAUAUGAAUCGUUACUGCAAGAGAAGCUGCGGAUGGUGCCGUAAGUUUUUUAAAAAAUGGAGCUCUAAGGACUUUUGAUGUCUUGAUGUUCUUUUUUUCUGUUUUAUUUUGAAACUCGCUAUUUUCGAUUGCAGCUGUGAAUGGUAACUGGGGUUCCUGGGGUACCUUGUCUUCCUGCUCCAAGAGCUGUGGAACCACAGGAACCAUGAGCAGGAGACGAACAUGUUCUAAUCCUGCCCCUCGGUAUGGGGGCCGUACCUGUGCAGGCGACUCUAUCAAAUAUUUUCGGUGUAACCGCACGCCUUGUAAAGGUAAGAAAAGUGAAUACUUUCUGGACCGUUUGAGCAAUUCAUGAAAAAUUUAGAUUAGCUGAACUUAUCUCUUAUCUUUUGACGUUACGCCAUAACUUUUAAAAAAGACUUGAUUGUUUGCAUAAUUUAUUGUAUUAUUACUCUCCCUUGAAAAACUGAUCAUAUUUAGGCCAUGAAAGGUUCUUGAGCCUCAGGACAAUGGCCCUCAUGUAGUGAACUAAUCGUGCCCCUCAGAGAGAGCGACGUGCAUGUGAGGGGCUCUCUGGAAAUCACCUCUCUCGGAAAAUCUCACCCUGUAAAGGUUUAAUGGCUCUAGCAAUUUUUUCCUUUUGGGUUUGUCACUCUUGCUAUUUCAAGUUCUGUUUUUUCAAUUUUUCAAAUUCAAAUUUACCCUCAAAUUUUUCAGUACCAGUCAACGGAAACUGGGGGGCCUGGCGCCCAUGGUCUACAUGUACAAAAACCUGCGGAGGGGGUGUCAAGAGGAGAACAAGGACAUGCUCCAAUCCAGCCCCCAAAAAUGGGGGACGUACGUGUACAGGAUCCUCUGCUGAGUCUCAGGCUUGUAACACAUUACCUUGCAAGGGUAAAAGGCUACAGUUAUUGUCUUCCUUUUUUUUUUUUUCGUUUUUCUUGUUGUUGAUGUUGUUUUAGCUGGCAUAGGAGUUGUUUUUAUUUUUUCUGCUGUUGCAAUGACAUUUGGUUGAAAAAGAUUCCAACCUUAAAGACUAUUCGUAUGUUACAAAACAUGAUUGUUUCUCUGUUUUUUUUUUUUUUUUUUUUUUUUUGGUUUUCUUUUUUCACGCACAGAUCGAUUAGGUAACUUAUAAUAAUAAUACUAAUAUUAAUAAUAAUAAUAAUAAUAAUAACAACUUCAUUUACCGAGGGUGACGCAUUACAGUUAAGAACUGGUAAACUCGUGGCCCUCCCCUAAGAUAUAAAACUAAUUUACAAUUAUUAAAAAGAUAAGAGCAGUUAAAAAUGGUAAAAACGGAAAGGAAAAAAACACUUUGAAGUGAUAAGUUAGCCUGCCAGCAGCCUUUCGUCAUUUGAGCUGCGGGACGCGCAUUUCUCCGCUUACGAUAAGAUUUGAGGUUUGCUGGGAGUCUGGCACUAACAAUGAGCUACACCCGUGCAGAUCUCUCACGCACUCGAAAUGCUCAACUGGCCUCAUUCUUUCCCGCAAGCGAAGAAGCGCUCGUGCCGAGGCGCUGAUAAUGAGGGAUUGCUCGUAAGUGAGUGAUUAUUCACCACCAUUCAGUUGAGAAUGGUAGCUUUGGAGUGUAACUCAGGAUAGAAAGCAAAUUAUUAUCUCUAUCUAAAACGAAUACCACUAUCCGUUGGUUUGGAAUAUACCAGGUUACGAUUAUACAUUCGUGUCCCAUAUAAAUGGAAACCUCGCUGUUUCGAAGUGGGGUAAAUUUGCGCCUGCAUCCAGUUUUACGUCCAUGAAUAGUUAUUAAAUCGUAGUCACGUUUGUAGCCGCUGUUUGCUCUCGUAACGUAACAAAUUUGGGGAAGAGAGCGACCCUACGCGUAACAAAAGUAAAGAGCAACUGCAAAAGGAGACCAAAAAAAUGAGAUGUUUUUCUCGUCUCGUUUCAUUGCCAGUUGAUGGAAAAUGGGGAGUCUGGGGCAAAUGGACCACUUGUUCAAAGACCUGCGGAGGCGGUUACAUGUCAAGGAGCCGCACAUGUAACAAUCCAGCUCCACAAAAUGGGGGUCGUCCAUGUCAAGGACCCAGUUCAGAGAGAAACAGUUGUAACGAUCAGAAAUGUCCAGGUAGGAGGUGCAUUGAUUUAAUAGUCAUUGUGUGUGCUGCCGUUUCCCACUCAGCUUGUGAGGUCGGCGUGAAAGGCGGGGAAGCGAGUAACUUUUAGAAUCUGGGUGAUUUUUAUGAGCACACAUCGUGCUCGAUUAAGGACGGUCAUAAUUUAGCUGGUGAAGGGGGGGGGAGGAGCGGUGGAUUUUGGUUUUGUCACAGGUUGACUUAUCCCAUAUUAGGCUCUGCAGGAUUCUACUGCCUCUCCCUCUUCUCUCCCUCUUUAGCUUUCAUUCUUUUAUAGUCCCCUUUUUACUCUUUUAGGGACAAAUGUUCCCCCUCCGUCUCCCAUUGAAGACUAUGUGAUCCCCCCAAAAAUCCUCCCACCCCCUCCCCCUAGCGAUAAAAAAUUACUUUCCCGUCCUCUUUCUAAGUAACUUCGUCCCCAGUCUUCUCUCGAUUUUUUUAAAAAAUUAGCUGGGAAGGUGCGUGAGAGCUUUGCGCAAGGGACGAUGGGAAGGGAAAUAGGGGAUACUCCUUUCUCUCCUUUUUCCCGCCCUUGAUUCCAUCGUCAUCAUAAUGCUUGCCUGCUGCGGCCCUAUAACCCUUUUAAAACAUUAAGAAUGGACGACCUUGUACGUGUCAGUGCCCUCAGGACACUAGCUAUAUACAGGAGCCAUAUAUAUAUCUAGCUGAAACGCACCCGCUGGUUUUGAAUGGGAUGUCCAGAAGAGGAAAAAAUCGACAAUUCGGUGAUAACAUCAGUAUUUGUAUCAAAGUUCUUAACCCUGAAAAACCUGCAUUCCUUUUUUUUUUCUUUUUGCAAAAGUGUAAGGAAACUUUGACACGUCACAAUGGUAGAGUAAAGUGUAUCUAAGAAGCAGUUCUUUCCUAAGAAUUAAUGGAGUGCUUGUGUUCAGUCAUAACAUAAACAUUCUGGCCAUGCGCUUGCAAGACACGAUCAAAUUACUUUUAAGUGGCUGGCUGAGAGGUAAGGUCUAAAAUUUGAAGACUGCAACUUUGCCUCUGCCUGUCGAUAUCAGCUCGUAACGAAUUGCUUUAAAUAAAGGAAAAUGGAAACGCACGGUGGCACACCAUCUCUGUUACGUGUUUUCCGUUCUUGCCAAAAAAAUCCCACUAAUUAAGGAGCAACUUGACAAUUAAGUGGUAAAUUAUAUUUGUACCCUAACUUCCUUUUUUCAAACUGUUUUCUCAAGCCUUCAUGCCGAAUGAAGUGCGCCAAAUCGCGUUUGUCAGUAUCAUGUAAUUUUAAGCUUUUUGAGAAGCCUCCUUGAAAGUUGACUUCCUUAAUAAAUUCUCACUUUCCAUUUAUCCAGUGUUGAUCAGACAAAUUAUUGUCACAAGGGAGUCGAUUUCAAACUAAAGUGAUUGUGAAUAUAAUCGAAAAUUUUGCAAUUCUUUGGCGGCGAGCUGAAACCAUGUGAUAGUUCACACUGUGUAGACCGCCAGAGACCAAAAUCUAUUCUCGUCCAAAAGUUGGCACCUUUGCCAACUCCUAGUGUUAACAAGCUCUUGUUUUAACUCUAAGAAUUCCAAAACUUUAGCCGUUUCCUAAUUAUCUUUACGUUAACGACGUCAUCGAAAAAAAAAUAUGUUACUUCGCAUCCUAAGUUUAUAAAGUAACUACUUCACACAAUUCCCCUGUUUCCGUCGGGCUUGAAAAGUUCCAGGAUUUUUACAACAUUUGAAUCUUUGGCGCAUAAUUUUGGCAUGAGAUCAAAUUCCUCUGUUUAUCACGCUGCGAUAUGAUGUGUGUUUUUUUCGGUCAAUUUUUCCAACUCUGCGCUUCUAACCGAGUUCCUGAGGUCAUGAAAUGUUCUACUCACACUGGUAGAUUUGACCCACGCAUUGAUAGCUCUGAGCUUUCGUCAUUUCCCUUUGUUUAAAAUAUUCUCAGCCCAGUGUACCUAUUUUAGGUGUUGCUUAGUUCGUCCACGUGCUUUGCUAAUUGCUCGGAGCAAGAAUAGAUUUAUUAGUUACGGACCGAAGUUACUUAGAGCUGAGGACGAAAAUUUUCUUAAAUUCCUUUUUGGCAUACCGAGGUUGGCUCCCAACAGAUUCUGCGUUUUCUAACCGCGUGUAAAAGCCGGCAUCUCAAUUACAUCUUGUCAUCGCCGAGACUUACCACAAAAGAUCACACAACAGGACCGAUCGGUUCAGAAAGGCAAACGGAGAGACCUGAAAGAAAAUCGAUCAAUUCUCCAGCGUUCUUUUGUCUGUUUUUGUGUUGUUCAGCAUCAACUGCACUGAAACAAUUCAAAAGAUUUUCGCGCAACUGGCAACAAAGUUAUCAGGAUGGCCUCCGCUUUCAAGAUCUUCAUGGCUGUUUUCAGCGUUUUUCUUAUCACGCACAACGGAUGCGCAGGAACAAGGGUAAGUCUGAUUUUAGCUGUUUUCUUGAUUGAUGGUCUGUCUGUAAGAAGGAUUAGGGCUUCAGUUCUCUAAAAAACCACGUCGUCCCGUUUGAUAUUAAACGGUUUCUCCCUGAUGUCGCUGAGUCCCAUAUUUUCUCAAAAUAUUUUAACUCUCUGAACUAACGAGACUAACCAAACUUUUCCACGAACUAAAAGGGUAACUGAAACAGCCACUGAUUUUAACUUAAAAUUAGCUGUGUAUUGAAGAUGAAAAGUGCCAGAAAUACAGUGGUGCCAAAUUGGAAAUUGGCCACUUGAAAAAGAAGAGGAGAAAAUCUGGUUUAUUUCAGUUUUUAUGCUGAGUGCUUUCACAGUUAGAUAACGACGAAGACUAAGUGGAGGUGUGGAAUAUAACUGCAAGCCAGACAAACCAACUUGUGUAAAAAAAAAUGUUGAUUGGCCUAGAACAACCGCUAAAAAAGUUAAUUCCAAAUCUUUAAUAGAUUGCUAUUCUUUAUACUGAAAUCCACAUUCGCUGAGGUUACUGUUGUCUCCUAGAGAAAGAUUGUUUUCGGAAUCACAGACCCCAAAAAAACAAAUCUUCUGAUCAAAACGUUUUUUCCGCCAAUUAACCAAAAAAUGUUAAGUGGUCCUUUUUUUAGGAGGCGGUCGAUCGUUUAUCGACUAAUCCAAUUUUUUUUUUCAGUUCUAGCUGUUUGACAAAGGGUUAUUCAAAUAAAUCCUUGCUCAUGCUCUGUGGAACCUUGAAGAGCUUUGAUAUUGCGAUAAAUACAAGGCAGGCUUUAAAACCACCGAAAUAUUUUCCCCUUGAAGUAUCUGUUACGUGAUUGUUGAGAAAUGCGUCCUCUAAAAGGUUAUCAAACAGCAUGAACUUCUUGUAAAAUGGACAGGUUAUGACAGCAAUAGCUUUUUGUUUAAUGAUAAAUCAUUCGACUAAUCUGACUGAUAAAUGUCGCUCGACAUGGAGUCAAAAAUACCUCAAUCAUUCUUGGAGGCCGACGGUUUUGAGAAAAAUGGAUGGAAUUGUUAUUUCUCAAAUUUAGGUGAACACACCAUGCCGUGGAAAUAAUAGCAAAAAGACAGUCCAAAAUGUACCUUUCCUCGGGAAGUCUGCAACCUGCUGAUCAAAAACAAUCUUAACAUGUUUGAAAGUAGUUCAGUCACGUCCUCAAAUGGCGAAAUUCUCGGCGUGCAGAAAGUGUAUUAAUUUUCUCUUUUUAACCCUUUCGCUCCUAAGAUUUCAUUACUAAUUCUCCCUACUGUCUGCCAUACAAUUCUUAUAGUAUUAGUUUGAAGAAUUUGGGAUCGGAUCAAAUAAUAAUUCCUUCAUUUGGUGAUAUUUUUCUUUAUUCUCAUCACUUGCCAGCUUAACAUUGUAUUGAUAUUGUAAGGAGAAAUUCUGUCUUGGACAUCCAUUUGAGUUAAAAGGUUGAAAUGCUGAUCCCACGCCUCGUUCUCAGGCUCAUUUCAAACUCAUCAAUCCAACCUCAUAGUAUUUUUUAUAGACUUAUUUUUUCUUAUCAUCAACUUUUAGAUUUAAAACUUAUCAAUUGAAAAAGAGUUUCUUUUGGGCCACUUCACAAGGGAAACUUUAAAGUAUUUGUACGUUCCAUUUUCAGACAAUUUGGACCUUUGAAGACGAUCCCAAUUUUGACGAUGAUGGUCAAGACGACGGAGGUGACGACGAAAUGUCUGGCGACGAUGGUAAGAACUUGUCUCUUGCGCUUAGUUCAAAAGUUCACAAAACGUUCCUGCAGAAACAUCCCGCAUAUAGAAACGUCGCGAAAAGUUUACUUUCCUUACUCAAUUGAAAAGCUCCGCACGCGAAUCAAGUGCCCAUCUGGCCACGGGUGGAUAACGCUUAGUAUCAGCUGAAUAGAUCUCUAUCCGGCAGACAACGCAGUAUAUUUUGUUAACACUCAUCCGCCGGAUUACGAUCAAUCCUAUGAAUAGAAUCAUUUACCCUUUGAACUACGGUUUUUGCUCGAACUCUUUCGAUUCAUCCAUCUUCGCGUCAUCUGUCGUUUAGCUUCCCUUUGCACUGUAACAUCAGUUGUAAGAUUUCCAUAGUGUCCUCUGAACAUUUCCUGUGAUAUUUACAAGAACAAUUUGUCUAAUAAUCAAAUGGCACUAGUUUUAUAGCACGGCUUGGUCGUUGUUUGUACUUCUAAUAUUUCAAUCUUCACUGAUUGCAGUUGUUCACGGGAACUGGGGAUCCUGGGGAAAGUGGAGCAGCUGCGUAAAAAACUGCGGUGGCAUAGAGACACGAACAAGACUACGAUACUGCAUUAAUCCUCCCCCAGAACACGGAGGACGACCGUGCGAGGGGUAUGGAUACGAGAAGGAACAGUGUCCAUGUAAGAAUUAUCAGCCCUUUCUUUUUUUCUUCAGACCUCACUUUAUUUCGAUGUGCAAGAAGAUUGUUCGCUUGUUUCUUUAUACGCUUUGUCAUCCCAGGUAUUUAGUUAACACAUUUUUUCCUUCUCUUUCACACAAGUGAAAGCUCGAUCACCUUCAACCUUGACCUCUGGCCGUAUUGUGGGUGGUAGAGUGACUCACAUCCGAGACUGGCCGUGGCAAGUUGGGCUCAAGCUACCUCAUGGUGGGGGCAUUUUUUGUGGGGGCUCACUGCUAAACCAAGAAUGGGUACUCACCGCUGCUCACUGUGUCAAAGAUCUUGCUCUUAGAAGGCGUAAAAAUGAAAUGUGCGUCGACCCAGUCCCCACUCGGCGACUUCAAGUUGUUCUUGGAGAGUCUGAUUUAAAGAAGGUCGAAGGACAUGAGAUCUCAAGUGGUAAUUUUCAUGUUUUUGUUUGUGUCUCGCAGCUUUAAGUUAAAUCUAAGCCAGAUUCAAGCGAGGAAAGGCAAGGUCGGGUGUGGCUGAGCCUAGGGCUGAUUAAGUCUCUAAUUUCUCCUUUCAAAAGCACCGCUAAAUCAAACAAUAAGUUCACAAAAAUAAAGAAAAUGGUCACCAACUUAAGAAGCUCUUGAUUGUAAAACAAAUUCUCCUUGUCAGCACCAUGGGAAAUGAAUAGAGUAUGCAUACUGAUGUCAAGAUAACUUGUAACUUAGCGCAGUCAGUCUUGACACUUAAACUCACGAGAUCUAAUGUUUAAUUCUCCCUUCUAGCUGCUGCACAUUUCCUUGUAAAUCAGUUACGAGAAUUUGAUGUUAGACCAAGAUAGCAACUUCUACCUGAUAAGUUUGAACAUUCUCACUACCUGUUUGCUGGAUAAUGCAUGGAUAUUAUAGGGAGAAGAUACAUGUUGAUCGCUUCUGGGAGCACAAGGGUUAACCUUUUCACUCCCAAGAUCAGAACAUCAUAUUCCCUGCAAUAUCUGCCAUACUUUUCUAUAAAUUUGGUGUUGAAUUGAGCGCUAUUCCUUAUUCCACAUUUUUAUUUUCUCAUCACCCUUCUGCUUUAAAAUGUAUUGAUAUCGUAGAGAGCAAUUCCUCUUUAGUUAAAACCCUUUUUUGGAGCGUAAGGAAUUUUUCCCGCUGAUCUAUCAGUUCCUGGUUUUCACAAUGGUCACUUAACCCGCAUUGUAAUUUCCAUUUACUCUAGGCGUAUCGAAACUUUGCAUCCAUCAAAAAUACAACGAGAGAACAAUGGAUUUCGACAUCGCUCUGCUUCACCUUAGCAAACCAGUGAACUAUUCCGACGCUGUGAGUCCCAUAUGUAUGCCAAGCUCAUCAUGGACCUCCUCCAACACUUCCCAAUGUUAUGUGACCGGAUGGGGCCAAAUACGGGAGGCUGGGCCGACGUCCGAUAAACUGCGCGUGGCCCAGGUCCCGAUCAUUGAGCAUAACGAGUGCAAAAAGAUGUACCAAGGAAAGAGCCUUACAAGACGCAUGCUCUGUGCUGGCUACAAACAGGGUCGAAUCGAUAGUUGCCAAGGUGACAGUGGAGGCCCGCUGGCUUGUUGGGAAAAUGGUGCUUUUGUCCUGGCUGGGGCUGUAAGCUGGGGUUUUGGAUGCGCUCAAAGGAAUCAACCCGGGGUGUACGCCAACAUUCCUUACUUUCAGUCUUGGAUCGAUUUGGCUAUGAGGAACGGCUAGUGGGAACGUGGGAGAGCUUUCUUGUUGGAAAAGGCGUCAGCUAUCAACUUUAUUAUAUGUCAAGUUACCGUGUAGUUUAGGAAAAGUUUGGAUCCAUGUCACUAUCUGAGCAACGUACCCCCCCCCCCUCCCACAGCAGUCGCCAGAUAAGAAGUUAGGGUUUAUGUUGGAUCAGGGAGGGACAGGGGCGUAGUUGGUCAGAUACUGACUUUGUAUUAACGAGCAAUUUUGCCUUAAAACAACUACUUCUUGUUAAGUUUCUGGAGCUAAGUGCUGGCACGGUGUUGCUUAGGUAAAUACGUCUAAACGCUGUCAUCGUUGUCAUAGUCAUCAUAACUUUCGGCUUUUAGCCUUCCGUAGUUGGUCAAGAAAAGAACUUGAAUACAAAGAAUUUUAAGGUAGACCACUGACCUACCGGAGUUAGAUAGCACGUAGAUAACACAGUGGUCAAGCGUCGGACGUGCGCGAAAGAAUAAAUUAUGGCCGGCCGCGCGUCAAUCUCCUUGGCAAAAUUUCAAUAAAAACAGCCGCUGUCUUGCUGAAUAACCGAAACAAAAUUGAAAUGGUCAUAGAAAACUUUAAAAUGAACAGAAGUAUGGAGAAGGAAAACUCGAUACUUUUCGAAGACUAAGCUUAUUGAAGCUCGGGUAUCCUGUUGAUUUAAGAUUCUGUUUUGAGCUUUACCAAAAACGUUACAAGUGUUUGAGACACCGUGACCUACUGCUUUGUGCGUUUGUUUGUAACUUGUGCGAGACAACUUGGUUCUGACAGCUUGAUGGCGCACCGCCUAGUCAUAGCAACGUGCGCACAGGCGCAGACGUUUGACACUGUGUUAGCGUAGAUUGAGCUCGAUGAUAACCGGUAUUGCCAGUCUUAGAGUACAGCGUUGUUCUGUAGAGACUCCUUUGAGUUCUAUAGAUCCCUCAAACGUUCGUAGUUUCACAGGAUUUGGUGAAAAGUCAAUAUUUAUAGAGGAUUUGCUACCAAGGAAACAUUUGUAGAGUUACAAGCUAUUAAGGCACUAGAUGUUAAAAUGUUCUAUCUUGUCAAAAUCUCUGUAAGCAACGGAAUAUUAGUGCGUCUGUAAAAAUAUUGUUGUAGCCUUAACUUUUAAGAGCUUUCUCAUUACACGACUUUUUGUCGAAGGCACUAGUAACCUUACAAAUAAGUUGUUUCAAGCGAGCUCUUUUCUUGAGAUUUAACUUUUGAUCCCAUCAAAUAAAACGUUUCACUGCACACGAUAUAAGAUGACAUUCUACUGAACAGGGAGGGAGGAGAGGGUUGGGAAGGUGGGAUGGAAGGAAUCCCUCUCCUUAAUAGUGUACGUUGCACGUCAUAAAAAGGGACAGGAGAGGGGAUGGGGCGCUCGGAGAUUUUGGUUGUGUCAUGAUAUAGUUUACCUAACCCUCCUUCGUCCAUGUGGUUAUUAACAAUCUCCCCUCACUGGCAUUCAAUUUUCUACAGCCCCCCUUUUAUGCCUUCUUUAGCGGCGGUUGAUUCCCCCUCCCCCCCCACUUCCGUUCUCCCUGAAAACCCUAAUGUGAUCCCCAAAAACCCUUCACGUAGCCUUGAUCGGUACAUUCUGACCCCUACAAUUUUAAACCUUUGACUUUCCGGUAAGAAUAAACAAUAUGUAAAUUAAAAAUUUCAGAGUAUCAUAAUUUCAAGAAGAGAAAUAAUGUGGAUUAUCACUCAUGGGAUUGGUUUACUGUUUAGAUAGAGCUUCAGUUGGUGAACGGUGGCGCGAAAGUGACGCCAGACCGACAUUUAAAGGAAAGGGAAAAUUGGAAAUAAGGCCCUCUCUCAAACUAUUUUUCUUUCCUUUUCAUCGCUUUCAAAUGACUUUCGCACCUUUGACUUCUGUUAGACAAACAGUGCGUAGCGAAACUUGAAAGUCUCAUUCAUCUGGAGACAUUGUGUUGAGUUAACAGUUUAUUUACCCUUUACACCUUAAGAUCAGUAUGCAUAUUCUCCAUACUGUUCUGUAUACAUUUCUUAGGCUGCUGACAAGGAGAAUUUAUUUAACAAUCAAGAGCUUCUUUAGUUGGUGAUCAUUUCCUUUAUCCUUGUAACCUUGAUGUUGGAUUCAAGAGUGAUAUUGGAUCGCUGGUCACUCAUGGGGGCUUGAGGGUUCGCUGCGAGGUAUCGAUGAUUAAUCCCUGUCUAAAUUUCCUCAUUUCCUCUCUUUGUCUUUUUACAGAAACGUGUGGCAGCCCAAAACAGCUGGGUCGUAUUGUUGGAGGUCAGGUAGCCUCCAAUCGAGACUGGCCGUGGCAAGUUGGGCUCCAGACUCUCACCGAUGACUUUAUUUUUUGUGGCGGAUCGCUUCUUAAUCGGGAGUGGGUACUUACCGCUGCUCAUUGUAUUUACCGUAACAAUCCGAGCAGAAAAGGCUGUGUAGCACCGAAUCCAGGAUUGAGAAUCAUCAUUGGAGAAUUUGAUGUCGACAACAUUGAAGGGCAUGAGGUUACAAAAAGUAAGUCGUUGAUAAAAUUUCAUGAUGAAAAAAAAGUAGCUUUAACACAGAAUUUCCUGAAAGGGCGACCAAAAUAAAAGUGAGGGGCGGGGACAAGGAGGUUGGAAUGGGUGAAAGAGAUCUAAAAUGUUUGUAAAUUGUUCCCAUUCAUACCCAUACUCCUCUUAAGCUUUUCCUACGGACGUGCACCAGUUGCGCUGAGAUAUCUUUGGUGCGUCAAUAAUCAGAAAAAAAGGGAGAAGAAUGAUUUUAAACAGAAUUUUAUUCUAAAAAGUCAAUCGUCGGCGAAGUCUGUCAAGUGUCGUGCAAACAGGUCAAAGUUGUUGACGAGCUCAGCGAUAUUGUCAAUCAAUUGAUCUUAGCUGUCGGUAAACUCAUCUGAGCCGUCAGUAAACUCAUCUAAGCUGUCGAUAAACCUUCCUUCCCAAGUUGUCGGAGAACUCACCCUACUUGCUCAGGUUCUUGUUAGAGUUCACUGCUACCCAUUUAUACUCUUGGGUGGAAAGAGGCUCCGCGAGAGUCAAGUUUUUUCCCAAGAACACAACAAAAAGAUGAAUGUGACCCUCUCGACCCAAAGUCUCGCGCGCUAAUCGCUAUUCCACUGCGUCUUCCGAAAAGUGUUCUCUCAACCCACCCGAAAAUGCUACCCAAAUAUUAUCUGUUUAACUAAAGUUUGGGUGUUCUCUUUCUCUCCAGAUAUAGCCCAAAUUUGCAUGCAUCCCAGUUACGACCACAGCAUCUUCGACUAUGACAUUGCCCUUCUCCGCUUAUCCACUCCUCUGCCGGGAUAUAACGAGACCAUGAGCCCCAUCUGUUUACCAACUGCUUCCAGCAACUUUCCCCCGGGGACAAACUGCUCAGUGACUGGAUGGGGCAGGACCCAUCAAUCUGGGUGGACGUCGAAUAAACUCCGGGUAGCCCGGGUUCCUAUUAUUGAGCAUGCGCGCUGUAAGCAGCAGUACCUGGAGAGUACCGGGGAUACUGUCACAGACCGUAUGAUCUGCGCCGGCUACGAGCAGGGGAAGAUAGACAGCUGCAAAGGGGACAGCGGAGGGCCAUUUGUGUGUCUGGAGAGAGGCAGGUACGUUCUCGUUGGAGCCACAAGUUGGGGAGUGGGUUGUGCACAAGCUAGGAGGCCUGGUGUCUAUACUGAUAUUAAGGACUUUUUGCCGUGGAUUCAAGGAGUUAUUUCUCCAGAAGAGCCUUGA